AUGGACGAGAGAGCUCGAAUUCCAGUGACGCUGCCGCGUGACGGUCCAACGAAGCCAUUCUGGCAGGACCCGCCGGACGCAGCCAUUGCGGACCUGCAGUCGACGCCAGAGCUGCCGAAGUCGGUUGACAUUGUGAUCGUGGGUAGUGGCAUCACAGGGACAUCGAUUGCAUGGCACCUGAUGGGAGAGAAAGAAGUUGGGACCGGGAAAGGAUUCCCCUCGAUCCUUAUGUUAGAGGCACGACAGGCUUGCUCUGGGGCGACGGGCCGCAACGGCGGGCACACCAAGGCAGCAUCGUACCGGUCAUUUCUGGACCACGCAGAAAAGCACGGAAUGGGGACAGCGGUGCAGAUUGCGCAGCUGGAGCUGGACGGGAUCAGGGCGGUGCAUGCGAUGGCAACGGGUGAGGGUGGUAUGGCGCCCAUUGCGUGCGACGCGUUGGCCUGCGAGACGGUCGACAUCAUCUAUGACCCGGCACAGUGGACGACGGCACAGAAGGCGGUAGCAGCGAUGCGGGCAGCGCUGCCAGAGGGCGACGCGGUGGCGGACUACACACUGUACAACCGCGAGGAGGCGCUGGCGGCAUUUCCGUGCAGCGACGACGGCGUGGCAACGCCCAUCUGCGGUGCUGUUCGCUAUGCAGCCGGCAGUGUGUCGGCAUACCGGCUGGUGGUGGGCGUGCUGAAGCGCUGUCUGGCCGGCGGGCUGAACCUGCAGACGCACACGCCGGCUCUGAAGCUGGAGCGGACAGAGACUGACCUCUGGAGCGUGCAGACGGCUCGGGGCACUGUCACGGCUCGCCAUGUCGUGGUGGCCACCAACGGCUACUCGGCCUUUCUGAUGCCGCGGCUGCAGGGCGUGGUGGUACCGCUGCGUGGACAGAUCACGAUGCAUCGGCCAGGGGCUGCGAUGCCGGGUGGCGGCAGCCUCGAGACAACGUACAGCUUCAUCUACGCGGACGGCUACGAGUACAUGAUUACGCGACCGCCGGGAUCGGUCCAUGCGGGCGACAUGGUCAUCGGCGGCGGUCUCAAGUUUGCGGGAGGCCACAAGGACAAGAGCAGGCUCGGUCUCUGCGAAUACGGCACGACCGACGACACGACGCUGAAUCCGGCCGUGUCGGCGUACCUGCGCGAGACGCCCGUGCGGUAUUUUGGCGGGCGUGACGGCUACUGGGGCGACGACCACGUGGACGGCCGCCUGCGCGCCGAAUGGACCGGCAUCAUGGGCUACACGCCGGACGGGCUUCCGCUGGUGGGCGCCAUGCCACCGUCGGAGCAGGGUGCCAGCGACGGGCUCUGGCUGUGCUGUGCAUUCCAGGGCCACGGCAUGGUGUUCUCGUGGCUGUGUGGCCGGGCGGCUGCGACCAUGGUGCAGGGCCGCGACGAUGCCGAGCUGCGUCGCUGGUUUCCCGACUGUUUUCGUGUGCGGGAGGAGCGACUGAAGCAUGGCUUUGUCGGAAGGUUGCAUGUGUCGGCGAAGACGGAAGAAUCGAAACAGCAAACCUUGGACAGCCGCACCAAAUACCCACCAGCAUGGGUAGACAUAACAGGCGACCGCCGCCGGGGUGGACGAUCUGCUGGGAUUUUGCGGGACAGCGAGGCGGUGAGCUCUGCCGCCCCAGGCGCCCGGUCCACCCCGUCAGGCAGCCUGCAGGGCGGCGGUUGGUCGUGCUACUCCCUCGGUGAGCGGAUGGCCAGGGCAGCAGGCCUCGAUGUGAGAUAUCACCUCGUGUUCUCUGGUAGCGACGGCUGUGCACCUAACUAUUACAAUAGGCCGACUGCACGACACGAUGGCAAAGACAAGUUGCCGGAGCUUCGCAUCCGCUCGGCGAUGAACCAAAGCAGCAGUGCUAAUUUCACGACUUCUCCACAGUGGACCGACGCUAUUUUCCAGGCUGCCAGCCCACCGGUAGCGCUCCAGACCCCCGGAACAAUUGCCCUAAAACGGCAACCGGCAUUGGCGGCUAGCACUCGCGUGUUCCUCUUUGGGAAGGCCGCUGGCGCUCUGAACCGCGGCUGA